CCACCGCCUGAUUCUUCGGGUUUCGGAUCUGCCGUGUUCGAUUGACGGAGAUGUCUUUCUCCUCCGCUUGCUGUGGUAAGCGCCCUAGAAGGCCAAGUGCCCUUCCAGAUCGAACAAUCCGGCCCUCCCUACGAAAUUCCAAAAAAUGGUCUUGCAAUUGCAUGCUCCUCUUAAUAACCACCACCACCACUACAGCCACCGCCGCCACCACUUGCAGAUUCAGCGUCGUCUAAAUAUCCACCAUCCACCUCAAAUCCAGCUGCCUAAGCUCUCUUUCAGUAUCCCAAUCUCGCCGUCGCUACGCUUCUCUCUUGCUUCCCGGUCGAUUUCUCCUUUGCGAUCGCAGAAGCUCUCGGCUUCGUUGGAUUCGGGUUCGGGUCAAAAUUAUGCAUCCGAACCACCGCAGAUCCCUCAACAGACUACGGUUUCUUUCCUGGAGGUCCUGAAGAAAUCAAAUUCUUUUCUGCCACACGUAACCCUUGCUAGCACGCUGUUGGCUCUCGUCUUUCCACCUUCUUUCACAUGGUUUACCAACAGGUACUACGCACCUGCAUUAGGGUUUUUGAUGUUUGCAGUUGGGGUUAAUUCCAGCGAAAAGGAUUUCCUCGAAGCUUUCAAAAGACCGGCAGCUAUUUUAGCUGGUUAUACUGGCCAAUUUCUUGUCAAGCCGAUUCUUGGAUAUGUUUUUGGCACUAUUGCAGUAGCAAUAUUUGGUCUUCCAACUCCAGUAGGUGCUGGGAUUAUGUUAGUAUCUUGUGUUAGUGGCGCCCAGCUCUCAAACUAUGCUACUUUUCUGACGGACCCUACCAUGGCCCCUCUAAGCAUCGUCAUGACGUCAUUAUCUACUGCUUCUGCUGUAUUUAUCACACCACUCUUAUCGUUGUUGCUUAUUGAGAGACUGCCUGUUGACGUAAGGGGAAUGGUGUCCAGCAUUAUGCAGAUUGUAAUCACACCAGUUGCUGCAGGCUUGCUUUUGAAUCGGUUCCUUCCCCGAAUAUGUGGUGCUAUUCAGCCAUUUUUGCCUCCUCUCUCUGUAUUUGUGACAGCUUGCUGUGUUGGAGCACCACUUGCCAUUAACAUUGAGUCUGUUAUGUCUCCUUUUGGACUAACUGUUUUGUUGCUCGUUAUAGCAUUUCAUUUGACGGCUUUCGUAGCCGGCUAUUUUCUUACUGGCGUGGUCUUUCAUACGGCACCUGAUGUUAAAGCGCUACAAAGAACACUAUCUUAUGAGACAGGAAUGCAAAGCAGCCUUCUGGCCUUGGCCCUUGCAAAUAGAUUUUUCCAAGAUCCGCUCGUUGGAGUGCCUCCGGCAAUCUCUACUGUGAUCAUGUCUUUGAUGGGCUUCUCCCUUGUCAUGGUUUGGGCCAAAAGGAAAGAAGAACAAUGACAAAGCCCGUCUCAAAUUGUCGGAAGUUGGCUCUGUGAUUCUUGAGGACUUGCAUAUGGGGAGCUUUCUUUUUAUAUGUCGAACCGUAUGGAGACCUAUAUGACUGUAGUUUCGUUGAUUUUGUACUGUUCAAGUUUUUCAUUUUAUACAAACAAUAGUGGGGUACGGAAUAAAUUGAACUUAGGAUUGUUGAUCUAGAAGUAAAUGCUCUCAACUAGUUGAGCUACACCAGCCCAUCCCUCUCCGAAGCGCUAAAAUUUGUAUCAACUUGUUUUGUAUAUUAUUCCUAAUGUAAAAAUUAUGAGUUUCCACAUUUUGAAUAAAAUCACUCUCUCUCUCUCUCUC